AUGCAAAACAUUAACCAAGAAAUUUCUGGCUCCACAAAAUCUUCUGCUUCUGCAGCUGGCCAGGAAGAUCACUCCAGCAAAGUCAUUCGUGCCAUGAAUGCACUCAAUAUGGAUAGUGAUAUGGUGCAGGGUGCCACUGCCUUUCAGUCUGACAUCAUUGAGGCACAGCUUCCAGUAUGCCUCACACCUGCUCUCAGCACUGUUUCCUCUCUUAGUACUACCUCGACUCUCAGCACCACUUUCAAAGUUCCUAUUCAGGAUGUCGCGGGCAGGAUGCAGAUGUGGGACAGAAACCAGUUUGAGGUAGAGGAAAGACUAAUAGGGCAAAGAAACCUGCUCAAGUCUAAUGGUUUUGUCACAAUGAGUGUUGGAAUCCCACCAAGUGCAGACUAA